AUGCGGGGUGAAUUGGCGUUGUGGUGCGACGACCUCGCCGGCAGUCCUCUAUUCGACGGUGGACCCACGAGCCUUUCCGGUGAUGGAACGUACGAGCCUGAGCAAGGAGACUACGUUGUAGGCGGAGGUGCAACACUGCCCCACGGGACUGGUGGAGGAUGUGUUACUUCAGGGCCCUUUGUCAACCAGACCGUCAACCUCGGCCCUUUCGCAUUCGACCUGGUAUUUUCUGGUCUGCCAUCGAACUGGACGGCGUAUAAUCCCCACUGCCUCAGCCGUGACCUGAACAACUACAUCGCCGCCCGCUACGGCAACCAGACGGCCAUCGACACUCAGAUGGCCACUACUACGAUUGCCGAGUUUCAAGACACAAUGUCAGGGGCCGACAUCAACCUUGGUGUCCAUGGAGGGGGUCACUUCAGCGCUGGGUUGGCUAUGCUCGACUUUUUCGCGAGCCCAGCCGACCCAGCAUUCUUCCUGCACCACUCCAUGGUUGACAGGUUGUGGGCCAUAUGGCAGGCCGCGGAUCCAGAGACAAGGCAGUAUGCCUUGAGUGGAACUAGCACCAUCUUCAACGGGAACGAGACAGGCGAGGUCACUCUGGAGACUACGCAGAAUUGGGGAGUUUUGGGGCGGGAGAAGACGACUGGCAAACUGAUGCAGGUCGGGGCAGCCGGACUGUGUUACGAGUACAUUUGA